CACCCUUGGUCUCAGAGCUGAAGACAACCCAACAAUAUUGAAGAAUGACAUGCCUUGGUGUCGUUUGGUUUUGGUGAAGGUGUUCGAGUCUUUUUCAGGUACAGGUUGAGCUGUGUACAUUUGGCGGGCCCACGUUGUUCCAGAAAAAUAAGAUGUAGCCACUGCUUCUCAAAACACUCGAGACAUUCCAGGGUAGAGCACGUGACAAGAAAGUUAAAACAGGGUGGAUUUUUUUUUUGUUUUGUUUUUACCGGGAGAGGUCGCAUGCGCUGUGGAACUGGAGCAAAGGAUGGACUGAACUUUGGGAAGCGAUGCGGAGCAACACUUACUUCACUUCGUUUCAGUGAUGUUACAAUGUGCGAGUAUAAUACAUAACUUGGACUGAUAAGGCUAAUUGCAAAAAGGCAGAUAUGCUGUCGUGAACGCUCGAGUGUGCUGCUGGAAUUCGAAGGUUUUAUUUGACGCUCCCAACAAGCGCCCCAGCAGACGCAGACGCAGACGCAGACGCAGACGGCCAAGGACCGCAGCAUGUCUGCCAGCACGCUGCCCUGCCAGCCCUGUCAGAUGGACCGGAGUGGCAGCUUCUUCAAGCUGAUUGACACGUUCUCGUCUGAGAUCUCGGAGCUGAAGCAGGAGAUGGUGCCGCCAGCGGUGCCCGCGGACAGGGAGCCUGAGACGGCGGUCCUGAGAGGGCUAGAAAACGAGGUGAGCGGACUCUUCCUGCAGGCGGCCGACUGCGCAGGCACGGGCUCGGCGAGGGACUCCGGCUACGACUCGCUGCGCAGGCGCCUCAGCGUGCUGGACCGACUGACGCAGACACACGCCGUCUGGCUGCAGCUGUCGCUGGGAGACGACGAAGCCAGACGCAUCCUGCAGCCGCAGCCACCAGGGACAUUCCUGGUGCGUAAGUCUCUGAAGCUGCAGAGGAAGGUGAUCUCCCUGCGCAUGGAGAGCGCUAGCGCCGCAGCCUCCGCCGCCGUGUGGGACUUCCCUAUCAAGGAGAGCCAGUACACCUUCUCUCUGGAGGGGUCAGGGAUCAGCUUUGCAGACCUGUUCCGCCUGGUAGCCUUCUGCUGCAUCAGCAGAGACGUCCUCCCCUUCACUCUCAAGCUGCCUGAGGCCAUCUCCACAGCCAAGUCCCCCACUGAUCUGGAGGCAGUUGCAAAGUUAGGAAUAGGGUUCUGGGACUCUGAUUGGAGUAACAGGAAGAAAGACUCAGCGUCUCAGUCACAGCCAGUGGACGAGGACACUGUCCAGCAGAAAGCCGUCCAGCAGGAAGGACACAGAGACAGCAUCAUCCCUGGCCUUCGCACCCGUGCCCCGUCCCAUCUUGAGCGCAGCCAAUCAAAAGGCGCGCUGUGCUUCAUCAACCCCUUGUUCCAGCAGACACACCAGACGGACACCCCCAUCGCGGAGCCUGGCGUCACGGCAACGGCACUGCCUAGCAACAGCACUGUUGCCGACCCCCAGCUGACCGAUAGCAGCACCCCCCUCCAGAACGGCGCACACUCAGGUCCCUCUCCGAACCAGAGUGAAACAUCUAGCCACCAAAGCAGUUCCGCUCACAACAGCAGUUGUGUUUUGACCCGGGCCAAGAGCGUCUCGCGCUCGCGCUCGCCGCCACCCCCGCGCCCCCCACCUCCCCGCUCGCGCUCCGUCCCCCGCAGACCUGCGCCCCCCAGGCAGAAGAGCAUGCCGGAGACAGCCUCCUGGAUAAACCCUCCCCAGAAGGAGAAGACCAGCCUGCUGGGGCGCCUUGGCUCCUCGUUCUCCUCCUCCUUAUCUUUUUCCUCGUCCUCCUCCUCCCCGCCCAAACGCAUCAGCGCCCCCAUCCCCGUCCCCUCCUCCCGGGGCAAGAAGCCCCCCGUCGGGCCUGAUGUGGACGGCCACCGCUGCCAACUGGCUCUUGACGACCAGACCAUAGAGCAGGCCGUGUCCCUCAGCCUGGCCAAGCUGUCCCAGCGCAACGGCUCCAGCGUGGACACGUGCAGCCCCAGCCCCAGCCCUCUGGAGCCCAGCCAGGACGCAGGGGUCGGCGGGCAGAGGCACGCGGGCGAGGAGGGGCGCCGCGGCCGGACCCGAGGCAACAGCGAGCGCCUGAGUGACAUCAGCUUCUCCACCUCCUCGUCCGACUCGUUGGACUUCUCCUCCCACGGCUUCCCGCUGUCGGCGCCGAGCCCCUCCAAAGCCGGCCGCGGCCUCGUCGGCGGCGGCGACAGCAGCAUGGAGGAAGAGGAAGAAGACGAGGAGGAGGAGGAGGACGGAGACUACGGACGCGGCGCCGAGAGCGACCAGGAGAUGCCGCCGCCUUUCAAGGCCAAGAAGCGGGCGAGUGGCGGCACCUUCGUGCUCCCGCGGGCCCUCCGGGGCCACCUGCGCAAGGUGAGCGGCGUGUUCAGCUCGCUGAUGACGCCCGAGCGGAGGGCGGUGCGGCGUGUGGUGGAGCAGGCGCAGGACAAGGGCACCUACUUCGGCUGCCUGGUGCAGGACCACGUCAGCUUCCUGCUGGAGAACGGCGGCCUGGGGCACACGUCGGGCACCGAGCUCCUGCAGACCCUGCGCCAGUUCAUGACCCAGAUGAAGUCCUACCUGCUCCAGAGCUCCGAGCUCGACCCGCCCAUCGAGUCCCUCGUGCCUGAGGACCAGAUCGACCAGGUCCUGGAGAAGGCCAUGCACAAGUGCGUGCUGAAGCCGCUGAAGGCCACGGUGGAGGCGGCGCUUCACGACUUCCAGGUGAAGAGCGGCACGUGGCAGCAGCUGAAGGAGAACCUGGCGCUGGCCAAGGCGCGGCAGCCGCAGGAGAUGGGCGUGGACGGCGCCCUGCCCCCCGACCCCGUGGCCAUCGAGAAGAUCCGCCACAAGUUCCACACCAUGCACAAGAUGUACUCCCCCGAGAAGAAGGUGGCGCUGCUCCUGCGCGUCUGCAAGCUCAUCUACACCAUCAUGGAGGACCACUCAGGGAGGAUGUACGGGGCCGAUGACUUCCUGCCCAUGCUGACGUAUGUGCUGGCCCAGUGUGACAUGCCUCAGCUGGACACAGAGAUCCAGUACAUGAUGGAGCUGCUGGACCCAUCUCUACUGCAAGGAGAAGGCGGUUACUACCUGACCAGUGCGUACGGCGCCAUGUCCCUCAUCAGGAACUUCCAGGAGGAGCAGGCCGCCCGCAUCCUCAGCUCCGAGACGCGCAACACCCUGCACCAGUGGCACCGGCGCCGCACCGCCCAGCGCACCACACCCUCCGUGGACGACUUCCAGAACUACCUGAGGGUGGCGCUACAGGAGGUGGACACUGGCUGCACAGCCAAGACCCUGAUGGUGCAUCCCUAUGCCACCACUGAAGAAGUGUGCCAGAUCUGCGCCGAGAAGUUCAAGGUGUCCGAGCCCGAGAACCACGCCCUCUUCCUGCUGACCGAGGAGACCACGCAGCAGCUGGCCAUGGACACCCACCCCCAGAAGAUCAAAGCCGAGCUGCACAGCCGGCCCCAGGUGCAGCCUUUCUACUUCGUGUUCCGCCGCGUGCCCAGCCUCAACCAGGCGGCCGAAGACCAGCUCAACGGGAACUGUGACCCCAACUGAGCCCGGAACGAGCCAGCAUUCCCAAGAACUGCUUUCCCCCCCCAGCCCCCAGCUCCUCCUCCUCCUCUGACCCGGCUGGUCCGUGCCGGUAUUCCCCCCGCCCCCGUGUCCCGAAACGGGUGUCUGCCUGGUCUGGACUUGCAAUGGAACUGCACAACAACACUUCUCCAUUUCUCUGGUGGUGGUGGCGGCAGCAGCCAAUGAGUUGUCAAGCGAGUAUCACUGCCCCAGAAUGGAAAAUAACAUUUGGAGAAGAGAGGGAAGGAAGGAAGGAUGUCUGACAGAUGUAGCUGUUUUUUUUCCCCCCUCGCCCCCCCGUCACUAUUUUAAAAUGUCUGAGUUGGCACGCGAUCUUGGCACAUGCAGGUGUUGCAAUACAUGCCGUACUAGACCGUGAAACUGGCCUGUAGCACAUGUGCGGUCUGUUAUGAUUACAGACGACCAUUACUGUUAGACCAUCAGCUGAUACUCAAAACAUACCCUUCAAUGCCCCCUCUCCAGGGCCUUAGGAGGCAUUAGUGCUGAAAUUGGCUGACUUCAGUGGGAGGGAUUCCCUGGUGUGUGUAGACGUUUGCAGGCCAUGCCUUUACACCUUGUUACCUUGUGUGUUCCCCCUCAGUAUGUUGUGCUUUAAGAUCAGACACAUUUCUCUCAUAUUGUAAAGACCUGGUCUUGGUCUGUAGAGGAGAGGGCUGCAAGAGUAUUGAGAGUACUGGUGAUUGUUAUACUGGAAGAAGUUGCAAUGUGUGUAAUCUGUCUUGUACUGUCCAACGAUCUUUUAAGACCUUGUCCACAUGGACCAAUCUUUGGUGAAGAAACACAUAUCUGUAACAAAACUAUAGAAUUAGUUAUUGUGUUUAUUUAGAGGAAAGUGUGUAUUAAUUAUAUUGGACUUUUUUUGUCUGCAUUUCUGCAGUUGCUGGUAAACUGCAUCUAUGUUUUUAUAUAUGAAUUAUUGUAAUAUUAUUGCAUGUGUUUCUGUUGAUCUGAAAUAUAGAGAGCAAGAAGCAGGCAUUGUUGCCAGUGAUAUUUGAUUUUUGUCUUUGUACGUUUUUAAAUGAAAUAUUUAGUGUCAUACAAUCCUUCUUAACGACAGCAUCCAUAUGAAUUCCCCCUGACAUGUUGGCAUUGAUAUGAAUGAGAUGACAAAAAUAUUAGAAUGUUACGAUACUACUGAAAAAUCUCACAGUCGAGGGUUCGUGAACGAUUCUCAAUCUAUUUAGGAUAAAUGGAUUGCGCUAAUCGUGUAUGUGUAGGGUCCGUCCUAACUUGAACGAUUAUUUUACCGGUGAGGAUAACUGUUGAAGGCUUUUGCACGUGCUUGAGGGAAAGAUAAUGGAAGGUGAAUCGAGAGUAAGAGUCAGGGUAUAAUUGACAACACCCUUAGAGGGAUGUAAUACCAAUGCAGCUGGUGAUGCAGUUAUAUUGUGCUGCAUUGUGUUGUGAGAGUUCAAAUUGGGAUAUCAAGAGGCUCCGUUUUUAUGUAAAGGGCAUCUUAAGCACACUCAGGGACAGAGUGUUACUCAAACAUUCAAUGUCCAAAACAAUGAACAUUAUGAGUUAUAUCAGGGGUACAUUUAUUAACGUUUGUGUCAGCAUCCCUAUUAAUAACCAGGGCAUUGGGCGCUGUACGGACAGGACACAGAAGUGAAAGAAGGAUGUUUUGAGGCGAGUUGCCGUGGAUAGACUCCUACUAACAACUUUAGUACAAAAACAAAACAAAAACACUAUGAGUACUGUUUGUAACAUUUGUCAAAAAAAAAAAACACAAAUUAUGUUUGUGGAAAUUUUUAAUUUUUAAAAAGUGCAGUCCAUUUGUGAUGUAACUGUAAUUUUUACUAGAUAUUUUAAUGAUGUUAAGUGUAUUUAUAUGUAAUCUGUGCAGGGAUUUUUCACAGAUUGAUAUGUUCAUUAUCCAUCCCCAGUGUAGUCCUUUUGCAGUCUUUCCAGAUCAACAUAAGGAACUUCAAAGUUCCACACUGUUGUGUCAGUUAUACUUUAAUACCCUUUUGCACAAUAAAUGGUGGUUACAUGUA